GACAGUGACAUCUAAAACUGAUGUUUAGAGUAGAAAGAAGUUUUGUGACGUUUAAAUUAUACCUAUUUAUUUGUAUUUACCCUCCCUAUUAUUACCCAAUAGGGAAUAAUUUUAAUUAUUAGGGUAAAAGCACAAGUUGUACUGUCGUUUCGUAAUUACUAAAAAUAAGAUGGAGUGUGAUGGGAGUAUAGUAACUUACAACAUCGACAACUGUUGUCAAACCGUCAAUGCAAAGUGGCUUUGUCUUGAAGAUAUCUAUCAUAAGUUUCAUAGACCUAAUUUCUACGACAUUGGUUGCACCUAUAUUGCAGAUAUUCCAGACCAUAGGUUCAUAUAUACGACAAGUCAAGUUGGGAAUAUUUUUCUUUUACAACUGUUUGUCUCAAGCCCUCAAGAAGGGUCAAUAAAUGUCACUGUAAGCAACAGUAAUGAAAUGACAUUUGAUAAGAAGACUAGCAAUGUAUAUCUGGACAAAAGUAUGACAAAUUUUCAAGUACUUAGAGUAGGAGAGCGGGAAGCCAGCACUGGAUUUGUAACAACUUAUAGUUUUAAUGAACUCGAUGUUGAGUGUCUUAAAGACAAGACAUUGUAUAUAGCCAUAACAUUUAAAAAUUCUCAAAGAAUAGAUAUAAAUUCCAGUACCAUGGAUUUUGGUGAUUUAUUAAAUGAUCCAGUAGGAGCUGAUUUCACAAUAGAAUCAUUGGAUGGUGAAAAGUUUCCAGUCCAUAAACUUCUUUUAGCUGGACAAAGUGAAGUUUUCAAAGCUAUGCUCAAAGAGGAGACAGCAGAGUCUCAGAAUAGUUAUGUAAAACUUGUUGAUGUUGGUAAAGAAGAUCUUCAAUGCAUAUUGGAGUUCAUUUACUCAGGAACAGUGAAAGAUUUAGAAAGCAAGAACUGUUAUAAUCUACUUAUGUUGGCUGAUAGAUUUAAUUUAAAUGGUCUUAAAGAAAUAACUCAGCAUGCAUUAUGUUAUCAACUAACACAUGACAGUGCACUGGAAAUUCUUGUAUUAUCUGAUAUGUAUAAUGCCAAUCAUCUCAAAAUGGAAGCAUUAAAAUUUAUUAAGAAGUAUAAUUGUAUCUUAGACAGCACUUUCUUUGAUGAAAUUAAAAAUGUAGACCUAGUCAGAGAAUUAUGUAGAUUUCUUGCUAUAUGAACAUCAGAAACUGGUAAUUUGGUUAAAUAUUUGAUUGUAAACAAACAAAAGAGGUGCUAUUUCUUUAAA